AUGAGCUCCACCGCUCUCCUCCGCGCGUCGUCUUCGUCGCGUCACCCUGACUACGUGGCCCUUCAGUCCCAAGACUCGCCCCUCUCCCAUGCAAUUGACAUGGACGCUCUGAUCCCCAUCACCGUCGCUUCGACUUCCGAAGUCACAGCUGAAGCAGCUGGCGCUUACGUCGCUGCAUCGACGUCGUCGACAAGCGUCUCUUCAAAGCCCAAUCCUUUCGCUUAUACGACGCCAAUUGACACGUACGAAGCGGUCAAAAUGACGCUCUUGUGUCUAUUGGGCGUGCCUUUGCUCCGCAUCCUGUUGCUCCUUUGUGCAGCUUUUUUGCUCGCUCUGGUCAGCAACGUCGCACUUUGUGGCUACAAACGCUUAGCACCUGCAAGUUUAGGAACAGACCCAGUCGCUCGGUAUUCAUCACCGUUACCACAUUGGCGACGGUUGCUUGGGUCUCCUGUGCCUUACUUGCUUCGGUUGAUUCUCUUUAUUGUAGGGUUCUACUGGAUCCCUGUCAAGUACCCGCCGCACUUUGAUCGUCAGCGGAUGCCACGCGUGAUCGUGAGCAACCACUUGACGUUCUUUGACGGGAUCUACCUCUUCACACUGUUAUCGCCAAGUAUCGCGAUGAAAGCCGAUGUCGCUAAGUUACCACUCCUCAGUCGCGUGGUGCAGCUGACAAAGCCCAUUCUCAUUGACCGAGGCACAUCCGAAGGUCGAAAGCAGGCGAUGCAAGACAUUACAUCACACGUGACGGAUCCGACGAAACCGCCGCUGCUUGUCUUCCCUCAAGGCACGACGUCAAAUCAAGAAGCGUUGACUAAGUUCAAACUUGGCUCCUUUGUCUCGGGUCUGCCGUGCCAACCAGUAGCGUUUCGAUACCCGUUUCAACACUUUGAUGUGAGCUGGCCACCUGGAAUUUCAGGACUCUAUUUGGCUAUGCGCGUGCUCUGUCAAGUGUACAAUCGCAUGGAAGUGGAGAUCUUACCGGCAUAUUACCCGUCGGAACGGGAACAGGUUGAUCCGCAGCUGUAUGCGAACAAUGUUCGAGAAGUGAUGGCCAAAGCAUUGGGCAUAUCCACGACAAACCAUGCGUUUGAGGAUAUGGCGAUGUUGAUGCGUCUUGGUGACUAUGAUAGUAAGCACAUUGCACCACUGGCAGAUGUCGGGGAUGUCACGUCGCUCUCGGCACUAAAGUGUGGCAACGUCGAGCGGCUUGUUGACUACAUUCGACAGCGUAACUUGGACAAAGAUGGCCAGUUGUCAAUGAAGGAACUGCGGGCUCUGUUCCCGAAAGAUGAUCCAGUGAUUGUUGACCAGCUCUUUGAUCUCGUUGACGCUGAUGACAGCGGCCUAAUUGACUUUCGGGAGCUCUGUCUUGCCUUGCGUGCAGUCAAUCCGCAUAGUGUCGAUGAAGAGAACGACGCGCUGGCCAAAUUUACGUUCCGACUCUAUGAUCUCGAUAACAAUGGUCUCAUUGACGCAGCUGAAGUUCGGCAAAUGUUGCGCUUCCAACGCAGUUUCUACGGCAUUUCUGAUGCCAGUGUCAAUGCGUCGUUGCAUGAAGCUGCACUCAUUCAAGCAAAGGAUGGCACUGGAAUUACGUACAAGCGAUUUCAGCAGCUUGUGGAGCACAACCCGGAGCUGUUGGGCUUUGUUCGAAACAAGCUCGAAGUGCUGCGUGACUCAUUGUGCGGAAGCAACAGUCCUCCCGUACACGAUCAUGGUCCAUAA